AUGUCCAAACACUUUCCGGCUAUCAGUCUAUACCCAAACAUUUUCCGGCUGAUUAUCUGUGUCCAUCCUUAUUUUGGUUACUUGUCUAUGUCCAAACACUUUCCGGCUAUCAGUCUAUACCCAAACAUUUUCCGGCUGAUUAUCUGUGUCCAUCCUUAUUUUGGUUGCUUGUGUAUGUCCAAACACUUUCCGGCUAUCAGUCUAUACCCAAACAUUUUCCGGCUGAUUGCCUGUGUCCAUCCUUAUUUUGGUUACUUGUCUAUGUCCAAACACUUUCCGGCUAUCAGUCUAUGUCCCAAACAUUUUCCGGCUGAUUGUCUGUGUCCAUCCUUAUUUUGGUUACUUGUCUAUGUCCAAACACUUUCCGGCUAUCAGUCUAUACCCAAACAUUUUCCGGCUGAUUGUCUGUGUCCAUCCUUAUUUUUUCCGGCUGAUUGCUUGUCUAUGUCCAAACACUUUCCUAUACCCAAACAUUUUAUCAGUCUAUGUCCCAAACAUUUUCCGGCUGAUUAA